GGUUUGUACCCAUUCAGUUCCCAGGUCUGGCAGAUGUGUCGAUAUCCCAGGAUAUUCCAGUGGAAGGAGAGAUCACUGUCCCUGUGGGAUCUCACUCUCCUGAUGAGGAUUUCUCCACACUGGAUGAGCCAGUCAAGGACACAAUUAUGAGGGACCUGAAGGCUGUUGGGAAGAAGUUUGUCCAUGUCAUGUAUCCCAAGAAGAGCAGCGCACUCCUCAGGGACUGGGAUCUGUGGGGCCCGUUGGUGCUGUGUGUCUCCCUGGCUCUGAUGCUGCAGGGUGGCUCUGCAGACAGCAAGGAUGACGGAGGGCCCCAGUUUGCCGAGGUCUUUGUCAUCAUCUGGUUUGGGGCCGUUGUCAUCACACUCAACUCGAAGCUUCUGGGAGGCACCAUCUCCUUCUUCCAGAGCCUGUGUGUGCUGGGGUACUGCGUGAUGCCGCUGACCGUGGCCAUGCUGGUGUGCAGGCUGGUGCUGCUGGCGGGCGCAGGCACCGUCAGCUUCAUCAUCCGCCUCAUCGUGGUGGGGGCCAUGUUCGGCUGGUCCACCUUGGCAUCCACGGCGUUCCUGGCUGACAGCCAGCCCCCCAACCGCAAGGCACUCGUCGUGUACCCCAUCUUCCUCUUCUACUUUGUCAUCAGCUGGAUGAUCCUGACCUUCACCCCGCAGUGAGCACCAUCCCGAGGGACUGGUACACAGACUGGACUUUUUCAUGGAUGCUGCAGUGAAUCCUUGGCUUUAUCUCUUUCUAAUUUAUAUAUAGGGAUACUGUAAAAAGGCAGGUUGUGGGAUAAAGCCAGAGAGCUGCAAAAAGUGCUCAUUUGUGUGUCCCUCUUUGUGAAAGAUAACUGAGGUCCAGCUGCUGAGGGGUUUAUUUAGCCCUGUUCUGUACUGGUGUUAAAUAAACAAUGCCCACUGGGACCAGGGAUUGUUCCAUCUGAGUAGAGAGCGGGAGAUCCUGGAUUUUCAAGCUGUUGGGAGAUGAAGUUUGCACGACUUGGCAGAUCUCCUGCCUGUGCUUGGAUUCUCACUGAAGAUGAAAAUGCCUUAUCAAACCA